UGCUGCAUAAUUUGUUUCCAUGAUUAUUGCAGUACCUACUUGUUGGGCACACGCGCUUUGUCCUUUUUUUACCAGCCUGAUGGAUUAACGACUCAAUUUUAAAUUCUGCAGCUGAAAUGGCCCAAAUCACUGAAUCCAGCAUCGAUGGACUACCGAAGCAUUUUGUUUCCGCUAUGCGGACUCUUUUUGACAUAAUGGAUGACCAGAACACUGGUUAUGUCAAUUACGCAGACAUCGAAGCUCGCUGGCACGACGAUGGGGCCUCUGGAUUGCCAAAAGGAGUGUUGGAUGGAUUAAAGAAAAAAACCCCACCCAAUGGUCUUUUGUCGUUCGAGAGGUUUUGCGCUGGUCUUAAAAUAAGCUUACUGCAUGCCCAAGCUGAAAAACUGGAUGCUACUCAGCCAAACAGACCACCUUCUGCUCCAGUGCUUGAUAAUCAAAACAAAUCGGCCUGGACCUCGCCAAAUACGGCUACCAUCAGGCCAAAUAACGUUAUUUCACAACAGAGGACACUUAGUAUGCCUCAAUUGCCAGGUAGAACAAAGGAAGUUGACACUAGACUCUCUGCUGACUCAAAACUCUUGAAAGCUUAUGGACCACCAAAACCACCUCGCACUGGUGCAGCUUUGGAUAGUAGAGUUUUGAGUGCAGACAGAAGUUUUGAUAAAUCAGAGAUACGCACAGCUUUACAGAACUGGCAAAUGGGGAUAAUUAUGGGAGCUGAAAAAGGGUCGGAAAAGCGUCAGAAUAUACAACAACCCAGAAUAUUGGGGGAUGGUAAAGCUAUUGAUAUUCAUACUGCCCAGCAACUAGCCUUACAAAUUCAAAACAAAAAAUUGCCCAGUCGACGAAGAGAACCGCGAAGGCAUACUUUGCAGAACGGUAUUGAUUAUAAUAUGAUGAAAAGAAUGAAGCAAAUAGAACAAGAAAAGGACGUACUGUUGCAAGGUCUUACAGCGGUUGAAAAAGCAAGGGAUUGGUAUUUGAAGCAGAUUUCUAUCACUCAAGAAAAGAUUAAGCAUUUGGGAAGAAUGGGUUCACACGUGGAACAAUGGACGGAAGCACAACAAGAAAGACUGGAACUUCAAAAAGCCAGAGUGCUCGAAGUCAAUAGACACUUGGCAGCUUUAAUCAGUAGUUGGGAAAGAGGUGGAUUGCCUUUCCACAUGAACUUGGCCUUUUUGAGCUCUCCAACGUCGGCAGACAUGUUGUCGAGAUUAAAGCAGCAAAAUCAUAGAUUAAAUGAGGAAGUCAGUAAAAAAAGUCAUCGUAUAGCACUUUUGGAACAAGAGAAAGAUAGUCUUAUGCGUGAACUGUACGUUCGACGAUCAACAAUGAUUCAUGAACAGCAUGAUCAAACGUUCAUAAUUUAAUUGAACAAAAGGAGCAUUGAUUAGAAAAAUUUAUCGCCAAUAUUUUGGUUGUGUAAGAGGAAAUGAGGAAGAGCGUUGUUUAAUUAUGUCACUUAUUACAAAUAAGAAUGUAAGUGUAAUGUAAAAUACAUCUGUUAUUGCGGCAUAAUGCCGUAUUUUUAACAAAUUUUAUAUUAAUUGUAAGAUUUUUAUAUUUUAUGAAAAAUGUAUUCAUAGUUGUAUAAGCAUCGAAUCCAUCCAUUUAUUAUAAUCAAGUGUAAA